AUGUCCAUACCUCCAGAAGCGCUUCAAAAGCUCGUUCAAGAAAUUGAAACCCGCGCCAUUGCUGCCCAACAACAAAUCAACGUAGUUAAAUCACAGAUCUCGGGGAAACAGCGGGAACUACGCUUGCUGGAACUUACGUCGAGCGAGAUUAGCCAGUUACCCAAGGAAACCAAUGUAUAUGAAGGCGUUGGCAAAAUGUUUGUCGCAAGCCCCAUUACGACCGUGAAUAAACGAUUGUCGACCGAGACAAAUGCGUUGAAGACAGACAUCGCCGGUCUUGAGAAAAAGCUGCAUUAUUUGGAAACAACACAUAAGAAUAGCUGGCAGCACAUUGACCAAAUAUUUCAGCCUGGUGGAAAGGCAUGA